GUUGACGCCCUUAAGAAUAGCAACAGAUGACAGUGCGAUGAGAGAGGGAGGGUCGCGAAAUCGGGACUCCCCAGAUAUUUGUGUCAUGAGUUGAACCGGACAUUUGACCCCCAUUCAUAAUUUUUUUUUAUUUUAGUUGGUACAAUUACCAAACAUGCGAAGCUAAGCAGUAGUUUCGCACGUAGUUGUGAAGGCUGAUCAUUUCUUCUGAAGACGCCCUGGCCGCAACUGGAUUUUUGGAUAAACAAGUGGAAGUUUGAACGUAUUACUGCCACGAGUUGGGGAUGGACUCAUUUACCAGUAUUUUCCUGAUGAGCUUGCUGGCUGUGGUGGCUGGCAAUGAGCCACCUCAGUUUGUGAAGAAUAUGGACUACCAUGUGAUAUCUGAAAACACAGCAGUGGGGAAGGAGGUGUAUACUCUACAGGGCUCAGACCCAGAGGGCUCGGACCUGGUGUACGGCCUGCAGGGCACCGACAUUCUGCAGGUCAACCCGCGCUCGGGCGUCGUCUCUGUCCAGAAGAGGAUCGAUCAUGAGGCGAUGACCACCCUGAAGCUGGAGGUGACCCUGGAGGACCGGGUGGAGGGCGGCGAGAACAACGUCAUCACAGUCCCCAUCACUGUCAUCAUAGUGGAUGAGAAUGACAAUGAGCCACACUUCAAGAAGGAACUGCACGAGGCGGAGCUGCGGGAGGACGCGGCUGUUGGUAGCGCUGUGAUCAGCCGAAUCGAAGUCUCUGACCCGGACCUGGUCGGCGAGAACCUCAACGUUACCUGCGACGCCGCCAGAUCGUCGCCCGAGGCGUGUCAGGUGCUGGCGGUGGUGCCGGCCGAGUCCACGUCUCAGGUGUUCGUCGGCUCGCUGGUGCUGCAGCGGCCGCUGCUGCUGUCGGCUGAGGUCAACCGCCAGAUCAGCGCCACACUGCUGGCCACGGACGGCAAGUACAACGCGUCGGCGCGCGUGCUGGUGCUGGUGCAGGACGUGCAGAACGUCGGCCCGGUGUUCUCGGGCAGCCGGACGGCGGUGGUGGACGAGGGCGCCGCCAUCGGCUCGCCGGUGAUGACGCUGACGGCCGCCGACGGCGACACGGGAGCCGCUCGACCCGUGGUGUUCGAGCUGGUCACCAACCCGGGCGAGUUUUUCUCGCUGGACGAGACGAGCGGCGCGAUCGUGACAGCCAAGCGGCUGGACCGCGAGUCCAGUCUGGUGAAGGCUGGCGCCAUCCACCUCAGUGUCAAGGCGGUGGAGGUGGAGGCAGGCCGCCGUCUAUACGGCCCUCUGACGGAGACCUCGGCUGACCUGACCAUCACAGUUAAGGACGCCAACGACGAGCCACCCCGCUUCAGCCGGCAGGAGUACGCCACCACCAUUAGCGAGAACCUGCGGGACGGCACGCCGCUGCCCGACCUCAACAUCGUCGUCACGGACGCCGACGUGGGCGUGAGCAGCGCCUUCGGCGUCCGCCUGCUGGACGAGUCCGGCACGUUCACCGUGGAGCCGGCGACCGGCAGCGGCAGCAGCGCGGUCAGCGUGCGCCUGGCGCGCGGCCCGCUCGACUACGAGAACCCCAACCAGCGCAAGUUCAUCCUGCUGCUGGUGGCCCAGGAGUUGCACACGGCCGACAAGCUGGCCUCCACCGCCACCGUCACCGUCACCGUCAGCGACCUCAACGACAACCCGCCCCACUUCAGCCAGGAAGCCUAUGUGGCCCAGGUGUCGGAGAUGUCUCGGCCGGGCACCAUCAUCACCACGGUGUCGGCGGCAGACCGGGACGCCGGGCUCUUCGGCAAGGACGGCAUCGUUUACCAGCUGAGCGGCGACGGCGCCGAGAAAUUCACCAUCGACCAGCGGACGGGGACGGUGGUGGUGGCGCCCUGCCAGAACCCCGGCACGACACCGUGCAUCGACUACGAAGCGACGCGGGACUACUUCCUCACCGUCGAGGCGACGGACGACUCCGGCGGCGGCCUCAGCUCCUCCGUGCCGCUCAAGAUCGUCACGCUCGAUGCCAACGACAACGAGCCGGUGUUCGCGGACGACGAGUACCGCGCCGCCAUCCGGGAGGGCGCCGCCCGCUUCGACCCGCCGCUCGUGGUCACUGUGACGGACGGCAUUCACACGGUGUCGGUGCCGCUGCUGCUGGAGAUCAGGGACACCAACAACAACCGGCCCAAGUUCGCCAAGGAGCUGUACCAGGCCGUGCUGCCCGAGACUUUGCCGACCGGUACGGUGGUGAAGCAGGUGACGGCCCUGGACCGCGACACGGGCGACAACGCUCGGGUGCAGUACCGGCUGCAGCGCGGCGCCUACGAGGACUUCGCCGUGGAGCCGGACUCGGGCGUGGUGACGCUGGUGCGCCGGCUGGACCACCAGCGGCGCGCCCAGUACGCCAUCGAGGUGCUGGCCGUGGACGCAGGCUCGCCGGCCCAGACCGGCACCGCCACGCUCUCCGUGAUGGUGAUCGACUCCAAUGACAAGAGUCCGCAUUUCACGCCGGCCACACAGCGCGCAGAGGUGGGUCGGGGGCCGGGCUGGCCGCGUCGGGGACCCGAGGAACCGGUGCGGGACGAGACGCUGGCGGCCAUCGUGACCUGGAAGACGCCAGGCGGACCGGCGGGCUUCCUGCCGGCGGCGCUACAGAGCGAGACGCGCGGCCGGCUGGAGCGCCGCCUGGCGGCUGUCUCCGAGGAGCUGAUGCGCCUGCUGGAGCGGCUGGACGCGCUGAGCGUGCAGCAGAGCGCGCCCGAAGUGCGGCGCAAGCGCAAGGCCGUGGUGACCGCCAUCAGCACGCAGAUGGACCGGGCCGACGCCGUGCGGGCGGCGGCGCUGGCUGAGCGGGGCCCCCUUGCGGAGGAGUUCACAGUGGACUCCGUGGGCGUAGUUCGGCUGGCGUCGGCUUCGCUAGAUCGGGAGGAGCGGUCGCAGAUCCUGUUGACUGUGGCGGCCUUCGACAUGGGGCCCGACCAGGGCCGACGCAGCGCCUCCACUCUGGUGAACAUCACUGUGGAGGACAUCAACGACCACCCUCCCGUCUUCAGCCGAGCCGUCUACUCGGCCAGUAUCGUGGAGGACAUCCCGCUGUCGCCGCCCAGCCCCAUACUGCAGGUGCUGGCGUCGGACGCGGACGCUGGUGAGAACGCCGCCGUGCGGUACUCGCUGGGACCGGAGCCGGCCGCCGCCUGGUUCCGGCUCGACCCCGACUCCGGCUUCCUGUACCCGGCCCAGCGGGUCACGGCCGACCAGAGCGAGGUCGUGUUGACGGUGCUGGCCACGGACGGCAAGUUCAACGACACGGCGACGGUGAAGGUGGGCGUGCAGGCGGCUAACCACGACAAGCCGCGCUUCAUCAAGCCGGCCACCGACAACAAGAUCUACUACGUGGAGGAGAACGUGCAGGAGGCGGGCAGUCUGGUGCUGACGGCUGAGGCGUCGGACCGGGACCAGGGCGACAACGGCCGGCUCUCCUACUACUUCAGGGUGGGCGAGACGGACGGCUCGGAGACGGACGAGUUCGCCAUUGACUCGGAGACGGGCGAGGUCCGCACGCGGGUCCGAUUUGACCGCGAGUCCCGCGACAAGUACACGCUGGUGCUGGUGGCCCGGGACCACGGCUCGCCCAUCCCGCACGAGUCGGCGCGCUCCGUGCAGAUCCACGUGCUGGACGUGGACGACCACGUGCCACAGUUCCGCGAGCACGUGCACCGCUUCAGCCUGAUGGAGAACUCGCGACCGGGCACGGCCGUCGGCUCGGUGCGGGCCGAGGACCCCGACUCGGCCGAGACGGGUCGCACCUUCUACUUCCUGGUGGGCGGCGACGCGGCCGCCUUCUCGGUCAGCCAGCGCGGCGACAUCGCCGUCACGCGUUCGCUGGACCGCGAGCAGCGCGACCAGUACGAGAUCAUCGUGAAAGCCACGAGCAACGCCUCAUUUUACGCGGAGAACGUGACGGCGGACGACCUUGACCCGACCUUGACCGUGGUCAAGAUCACCGUGCUCGACCUCAACGACUCGCCGCCAGCCUUCGAGGCCAAGGAGUACUUUGCUGGUGUGUCCGAGCUGGCCCAGUUCCGUGACCCGGUGACGACGGUGGCUGCGUUCGACCCGGACCAGGGCCAGAACGGGGAGCUGGUCUACACCAUCAGGUCCACCCAGCUCUACAAGCCGGGCUCGGCGGUGGCCAGCGGCGCCAUCGUGCCCUCUCCGUUCAGUAUCGACUCGGGCGGCCGGCUGACCUGCGCCACCCUGAUGGGCGAGUACAAACACCACCGGUUCCUGGUGCAGCUGGCCGCGCGGGAGCGCUACGCCCCGCGUCGUGAGGCCCUCGCUCGCGUUCACCGCGGCCAGGUAUGGGUGUACGACGCCUCGCAGCUGGUGCACGUGACGCUCGGCGUGCCGCCCGACGCCAUCGUUCGCCAGCCGGACCGCAUCGUCAAGGCCUUCAGCAACGCCACCGGCGGCCGCGUCGUCAUCGAUGACGUCAGAUACCACGUGACCGAGGAGAACGUGGUCAAGCGGACGUGGUCGGACAUGUACAUGCACGUGGCGGAUGCCGAGCAGCAGAUAGUGCCGACGGCCGACGUGCUGCGGGCGUUCGACCAGCACUAUGACUACCUGCAGCGGCAGCACGCCCAGCUACGUCUGCAGAAGGUCCAGGCGGCGGACGCGCGUCCGGUGGUGCAAGAGACGAGUCAGACGCUGGUGACGCUGGUGGCGCUGCUGCUGGUGCUGGUGAUCGGCCUGGUGACCAUGUGCGCCGUUUGCUGCUGCCUCAAGAACGUGCCGGCCACCAUACCGGUGGACAUGGAGCAGGUGAAGCGACCUCAGCCGGCGUCGGCCCGGCAGGCCGCCGAGCCGGAGGGGCCGGCCGGCACAGAGAAUCCGCUCUGGAUCGGCAACAAGCUCAAGAUGUACGAGGAGCAGGAGCUGAGUAUGCAGGUGGUGAGCGACCCGGAGCCGCGGCCGAGCGCCGACGACCGCGCCCUGGCCGACGAGCUGCAGAGCAAUACGUACGCCACCCUACAGCGGCCCGACAGCAGGCAGGACGGCGUCGAACACAGCCCCAGCGGAGACACCGGGGACUACGCCACGCUGGGGCGAUACAGCGCGGCGCCGGCGCUGCCACCCGGGCCGACCAUCCCCGGGGUGGUGCCGGCGCGCGAGCCGCCGCUGGGCGGCAAGUCGGCGGCGACGUCUGGAGACCCAGUCGUGCUCGACACGGCGUCUGACCACCAGACAGACAGCCGCCGAAUGAGAGGUCGGAUCCUGGAUGAGGACGCGCCGCCUGACCCGUAG